UGGAAGAUUAGUCGCCCUGGCAAAUAAAAGGCUGUACAAUGGACGGUAGGUAUACUAACACUAUCUGCUGAUGACGACGAUGGCCUACAUGAUCAAGAUCGUUCUUUUUUGUGCCGCGGCGGCCUGUGCCUUCGGCCAAGAGGUUCUUGUUCCUGGUGGAGGGUUCGUAGAAGGUGGUGCAGCAGACACUCGCGCUGAUAGUUUUGUUGAAGUACAAGAGAAGUUUGAUGAAAAAGAAUCCAUAGACACCAGUUUCGGUGGACUAGGAUCCAGCGGAUUGGGUGGAGGUUAUGGAGGUUACGGCGGUGGCUACGGAGGACUCGGAGGCUUCGGUUAUGACGCUAGCUAUGGCGAACAAUAUGAAUCGGUUAAAAAGGCUGGCUCUUACGGAAAUUAUGGCGGAUACAAUACUGGAGGCUAUGGACUCUACGGACGUUAAGCAUAGUCGUCUUCUUCAUAGUGAGCUCCUCAAAAUUGGCUCAGCAAAGCCAACGAUGCAUGAAAUAAGCAUAGACUUGCAGAAAUUAACAACAAUAGUAACAACAACAGCAGCGAAGUUGACGUCGACGUAAAAGCAAUAAAACUCCACCAAACAAGGACGAUUAUUUCGAGCGUGUCUGAUUUUGAGCGGCGUAAAACUUAUAUGAGAAAAACGGAAUCCUAAUAAGAUCUAAUGAUUGAAAACCUCCUAGUAGUAAUUUUUGUCA